GUAGGUGGUGAAACCCCGAAUGGGACACUUUUGUUUUUAUGCUAAUAUUUCCUUGUGCAAACUGCGGCGCUUUUGUCAACACUCAGGUUUAUAUAGGGGGAGAAUGAUGGCACGAGUUUUUAUGUGUGGUUGAGAAAGCGCACGCUUAAGCCGUAUUUCUGAAGAUCCUCUAGAGCUCGAGUAAGCGUCUGCAAUGAGUUGUUUGGAUGUUAUGUAUCAUCAGAGUUAUGGGGCUCAUCAUUACUUGCCCGCGACAUCAGCAGCGGCGGCAGCAGCUGCAUACAAAGCUGCAUACUACCAUCAGCAGCAGAAGAAGUUCGGUGCCUACAGCAGGAUGCAGGAUUCUGAGGAGCUUCACUGCAGCCAGAUCAAGCAGAAGGGAGCUGUGAAGCCCCGUUCUGUGCCCGAACACCACAUUGAGGAGGAGCAGAAUCUCGGGGAAGAGGAGCGCUGUAAGGAGACGCAGCCUGCUGAGGCUGAGUACUUGAGUUCCAGGUGUGUGGUGUUCACCUAUUUCCGUGGGGACAUUGGGGACGUAGUGGAUGAACAUUUCUCCCGUGCUUUGAGCCAACCCAGUGCCUUCACUAAUGAAGCGAAGACCAGCAAGCUUCAAUCGGGAGGACCAUGGAAAGAUGGAGGAUCCCAAUCUGAGGGUCAGUGUGGCUCUAUAUCAUCAUCCCUGUGGUCUUGUGGCUACCCAUCUCAGACCAGCCCGUGUGUCCCCUCCUCUCACCCUGACUUCCCCCACACCCCUGCCUUCAACCCUGCAGACACUGGCCUCUGGAGCAACCACAACCUCACACAGACGGGUCUGCCCCCUCCCUCUGCGCUUACUGACACUUGGCACUACAGCCUGGGAGCCCAGAGUGGAGCGGGAUAUCCCCACGUACAUGAGAUGUACCCUCACAUUCAUCCGCAGCACCCGCAUCCACAUUCCCCCGCCCACCACGUGCUCCAUCACGCUCACAGCCCAGCUCUGGACCCCCGCUUCAGCCCCCUUCUGUUACCUGGUGUCAGAGCGUCUUGUAGCCCAUCUACCUGCUCAGAUGGAAUCAAGACAGAGUUGGAGUCAAGUAGCAUCCCAGCACCUAGCUGGCCUGCUUCUUUCCAUGGGUCAGUGGAUAUCUAUGACACAGCACUUGAGCAAGAUAAAGCAAAGGCCAGUGUUUGGUUUUGAAACAGAAAGGAUUUACUGGGACUACAUGCCUUAGACUGGAACAAUUCUGAAUUUUGGGUCCCAAAGGACUGCAUGUGGAUUCAUUCCCGAGAUUUUUGAAAGUUUUCGGAACUAUUCACAGGGAGCUCUCUAUCAGUGAGGAAAGCACUAAAACAACUUUGGGGAAAACUCAUGUUUUUGUACAGCAUACCAUCCUGUCUGAGUUUGUGCCCUUAAUGUGUGCUCGACCCAGUGUUGAUCCCAUUCAAGAGGACUCGUCUCCCAUCUGGGCUUUUAAAGAGCUUGGCCAUAAAGGAUGCUACACAUCCCAUAUGAGGUUUAAGAGGUAUAUCUCCCUCUUUCUUUAUACAAAAGAGGUUUUCUCAGUGGUGGAUGCUUUAGGUUCUGUUGAAAGAAUCGAUUGGCUUGGUGCAGUAAAAAGCAGAAAUGUUUGAAUGUUUGAGAAACAACCAUUGUUUAAAUCAAUUUUUUAUUUACUUUAAUAUAUUGGUCUGAAGCAGUCUUGUGAAUUUACUGAUUUGUUUUGUCUAUUCAUAAUUGUGUUGUUUUUUUAUAAAACAUGUUCAUGCCUUAGUCAUUAGUUUACUGCUAAAACUGAACUGCUAAGUGUUAUUGGCAAACAAUCUGUUUUAUUUUGACACAUUGAUUAAAUCAUUA